GGGAAGUCCUUGAAACUUAAGCCCUGGAUUCUGUUCAAACUCUUGCGUUUCUCUUCAAUACAGCCUCAUUCAAUCCAACAACUUGAGGCUUUUCAACUGACAAUAAUGUUCGAAGGGCUGGUGCGUCAGCUGUUGCUGGGGUAUUUAGGCCGAUACGUGAAAGAUAUUCAGAAAGAGCAGCUGAAAAUCACUCUUUGGAACGAAGAAGUUUUGUUGGAAAACGUGGACUUGAUUCUUGAAGCCUUCGAUUAUCUCCAGUUGCCUUUUGCUCUUAAACAAGGCCGUGUUGGGAGGUUGAGCAUCAAAAUUCCGUGGAAAAAGCUCGGCUGGGAUCCCCUUAUUAUCACUCUGGAAGAUGUUUUUGUUUCUGCAUCUCAACGGGAUGACCAAGAGUGGAGUUUGGAGGAAGUUGAAAGAAGAGAAUUUGCUGGAAAAAAGGCUAAACUUGCUGCUGCAGAGCUGGCAAAGUUGUCUAGGCGCGUAUGUGAUAAUCAGACUGGGCAAUCAUUUAUUUCAUACAUCACUGCUAAGGUUCUUGAUAGCAUCCAAGUUUCUAUUAGAAACUUCCACAUUUUGUACAGUAAUAUGCAACUUGACUCGGCACAGAUGAUGUUCGGCUUGAAGUUUUCCAGCUUGACGAUUAUGAAGCAAAAUAUGGUUGGGGCUAGAGCGGGGCAUGUAAACAAAAGUAUUGAGGUUAAAAGUUUGGAGAUUUAUUGUAGUACAUUCCAAUCAGAUGCUAAUUUGAUGAGUUCGGACAACACUGGAGAUUCCAAAUGCUGGAGCAUUGUAACAGCUGAAGGUGAUGAAAGCAAUAAAUUCAACCAUAUAUUGAAACCAUUGGAUGUCUUAAUAUCACUUACGGUGAACAGAUCAGGAAAGCUCGAUAAUGAACCACAGUAUUCUGUCAAUGCUGAGAUAACUAGAUUGGUCUUGUCAUUGGAUGAAGUUCAAUUGCAGCAAAUAUUUAUUCUAUUAGAUUACUUAUGCACAAGCCGAUUAAGGGAAAAGUAUGGACGUUAUCGUCCCAGGUGUAGUCCGUUAUCAAGAAAACCAGAUGGUUGGCAAAAGUUGUGGUGGCAAUAUGCUCAGCAAUCUAUCUUAUCAGAUGUCCGUAAGAAAUUGAAGAAAACUUCAUGGAGAUACCUUGGACAGCGACUGAAUUAUCGUCGGAAAUAUGUCAACUUAUACAAGACUAAACUUGAUUGUCUUCAACAAGAGCAGCCAAUUGAGGAAUCUGUUAUUAUGGAAUUGGAGCAAAUGGAGAAAGAUUGUGAUAUAGAUGACAUCUUAAGUUAUAGAUCAGCUGCUGAAUGUGAACUUCAGGAAGCCUUAAUGAACUCUUCAAAUUCCAGUAUGGGAAUGGAUGGUGGCACUUCCUCAAUUGAAAAAUCACGAAAUGAUGAGCAUUCAUCCAGCAGGUCCCGUGGAUGGUUGAAUUGGCUGUCCCGUGGUAUGCUUGGUGCUGGAGGGACAGAUGAUUAUAGUCAAUUCUCUGGAGUCGUCUCUGAUGAAGUUGUAAAGGACAUAUAUGAGGCGACAAAGUUCCAUCCUAUGGUUUUACCCAGUGUUGACGAGGAUGGAAAUGAUAAGUUCCACACAUGUGCCAUAAGGUUCAGCAUAGCUCGAAUUUCUGUGUCACUUUGGAGCAGGGAUUCUGGUCAAAAAAUUGCCAAGCUUGUCCUUGAAGGUGCAGUUAUUGAUUGCAAUAUUUGGGAAGAGUUGGCAAAUGUUACUGCUGUCGUCAAGUCAGCGAAGAUGGUUUAUCCACUUAACAAGAAAGUCAUUCUACUGAUGGGGGAGUCAUGCAAGGAAAAGGCACUUCAAAGUGAACAAUCUUCUUUAAGUGUACAAGUGGAUUUGUCUUCAAAGGAAGAUGUUGAAUUAUCCGUGAAGGUCAGGCUUCAACCACUUGAAGCGACAUGUGAUACAGAAUUUUUACUGAACUUCGUGGAAUUUUUUUCUGUAUUGAAGUCUUUCAAAUCUCUGCAUGAAAGGGUCCUCUCAUCAUUGAAUGGGAUCAAAGAUGUCAAGGCUCGAUUGUCAUCAAAGGCUGGAUACAUUUUAUCAAGCCACAAGAAUGUGAUGUGGGAUGUUAAUAUCACUGGUGUCACCAUAAAUCUUCCUUGGAGAAAUGUGAUUGCAGAAGAAAGUAAUCUGGUUUUGCAAUUGGGAUCUCUUCUUAUAAAAUCAAAAUCUGAUCUAGAUUCUCUUACAUUAAAUAUUGAAGAACAAUCCUCUAGCCUGAAACUCUUAUUGAAUGCUUGUUCCGAGGAUUUUACAAUGGGUUUCCGACUUCAGGAUCUAUAUAAUCACUUUGAGGUCAAACUAAAUGAUUUUGAGAUAAAGCUAGGACUGCCUCAUUAUCCUCAGAAAGUCCCUAUCUUAGAGAAGUUUUGUGCUUCAAUUGCCUUGGCUUGUAGCAUUAUUCCUGAUGAAUCAAUAUUAAAUCAGUUGGAGGUAAAUAUUGUUGUAUCACUGCUUCGUGGACACUUAUCUCCAUCUAUAUACGAAUCAAUUGUGUCAUUGAUUCUUCAUCUAGAUAUUCUGCAAUCAAGGACUGGGCCUGCGAGGCUAAAGCAUUCCAGUUCACCAAAUAUCACAUUGGAUCAAAUUGAGACUUCUGUUUUUGGAUUCUCUAUAUCUGCAAGUUUGGAGUCGGUCAGUUUAUAUGUUGACCUUGCAAAUGAUGGAGAAAACAGCUCUCUUCUCAUGCUUGCUCUACAAAAAUUAGAUUUCUGCUAUUCUCUGAAAGAACUUGAAAACUGCUGGAUCAGUAUGAAAGCCUUGAAGAUAAUCUCUUAUCCUUUGAGAGGUAAAGAUGACAGUCAUAUGUUGGCUUCAUGUGAGGAUGCGUUUGCUUCCAGUUCUUCAAAUCAGCAAAACGGGACUUCUGACCUUAGUGAUCAAAGUGAUAAUAAUGUUAACAAAAGCUCGUCCUCUGAAGUGUGCUUUUCUUUACAUUAUGAAGCUGGCAAGUGUGUAAAUAACACUUACAACAAGUGUACAGUAUGCUUGAAUGACGCUGAUCUCCACUGCUACCCAUAUAUAUUCGGUUUAUUAAUGGGAUUUUUUGAUAAGAUAUCUUCUUAUAGUGCUUCUGGUACUAGUGAGAAUUCCUCUAUUCCUACCGUGGAUGGUAAAAGUACAAAAACAGUGCCUCAUUUUGGAUUUCAAAAGUUUGGUUUCUCAAAUUUCUUUGAAACCGGAUCCUCUGAUCAUGCAAACAUUUCAUUGGAUAAUUAUCCAUUCAUUACCAUCUGCAAUUCUGGUUAUCUUGGUAGCCUUGAGAAUUCUCUUCUUUAUCGCAUUCCUGACUGGAGGAAAAUAUUCAAUUUAAGGGACAGAACAUUCAAAAGUCUGAGAUGCAAUUUAAAAAAGGGGUCUGAAAUGCUUAAUGCCUCAUCGUGGAAAUCCUCAUCUGAUAUGAUUACAUUCCCUGGUUCAGGCAGUUUUGAUGACACAAAUCAGUUUCUUAUUGAUAUCAACCUUUGUGAAAUCAGAGUUCAUUUCCAUGAUUCUUCAUGUACUGUUGGAACUGUUACUGUACCAUCUUCUAAAUCUGCAAUUUUGAUUUAUGAAAAUUGUGUGGAUUUAUUGUCUUCCAAUGUGGGAUUAGUUCUUACUUCUUCCUGGUGUACUAAAAAUUUCCAUAAGUGUCUGUGGGGCCCAUCAUCACCAAAUCUAUCUCCUAUUUUGAAUUUACGAGUGAGGAAAGGCAAUAUUGGAUCAUUGAGUACUCAGGUUGAAGUCAGCCUUGCUGUUCAGCAUGUUUGCUGUGUUUUGCCACCUGAAUAUUUGGCAAUAUUGAUUGGUUACUUUUCAUUGCCUGACUGGAAUUUAAGUGAGCAAACUGUUGCUGAACAAUCAAAUGAUAUGUUAUACAAGUUUGAAAUCCUGGACUCUGAUUUGAUUGUGCCAGUGGAAAAUGACGACCACCAGUUCCUGAAGGUUGAAAUUCAACAGCUGUAUUGUAGUUUCAUCCAUAAUUGUUCUUUAAAUAAUAUAUUGAUGGACAUUUCUCCCGAGUACAUGGUUCCUGCACAUAAACUUGCAAAACAUAAUCACUGUUUAAAUAUAUUUGGACGGGAUUUAUUCCUAUCUUUUCUGCCGUUCAAGGAUGAUGGAUAUGGCUGCUUGAUGGUUGAUCAAGAUACUGGAUAUGGAAAUAAUAUCUUAAUUGGACCACUUAGUGCUGAUGCUUGGGUGAGAAUACCCUGGGAAAGCGAAUCCACUUGUGGAAGUUCUUCAGCUCCAAUCUGUGUCAUGUCAAGACUUUAUCAUUGUCAAAUUAUUGCUAAUGAUUGCUACACAUUUGAUGGAUUUGAGGCUCUGCUAGAUGUCAUAGAUAAGUUUUCCUCCGUUGAUGUUGAAUCGAAGAUGUUUACAUCUGAUGUUCUACAUUUUCUUCAGCUAAAGAAGUGUCUAAUGGAAAAGGAUGUGGUUUCACCUGUUACCUCAGACAUGAUCUUCACAGAGGUCAAAUGUUGUGUUGAUUCAUUGUCAAUAAAAUUACUUCACUUGAGAAAAGACUCAGUUUUACUUAAACCAUUUGCAAAGGUGGAUAUGCAAUUUAUAUGCUCUGUGUCACUGAUGAAUGAGACACCCAUAAGCUUGGACUUGAAUUGUUUUUCUUUAGCCCUAUAUUCAUCAGUUAGUUCUGCCCUGUUAGCAAGAUGCAACAGUGACUGCAGCGCCCCAUCAGCUCUUGGUAUCUGUCUCUCAAAAUCUGAGUAUGGUGAAAACAGACUUCAUGUCUCUCUCCCUUCUCUUGAUAUUUGGCUACAUUUUUCUGACUGGACUGAGGUAAUUGACUUUUAUGAUUCCCUCUCUCAAAAAAUGUCAAAAACUGCAAAUACGGAUGUAUCAACAAAGAAUUCAGGUAUAGAUACAGAGGGUCAAAUUGAAAAUUUGGUGAUAACUGUUUCUCAAAGUGCUUUUCCAAGUUCAUGUAUGUCAACUUAUCAUGUCUCCAAGAACAUAAAGGAUGCAGCCGUCUUCAUUGUAAAGUCAGAAAAUAUAGGCAUUACAGUACAUUUUCCUAUUAGGCUCAAUGAAGCAGCAUUUCAAGAAGAUGAUGUAGCUGAAAUUCAAGAUGAAUGUCCCCAAAAGGAUUCACUUAACAUGGCUGUUGGGAAGCACAGUAAAUAUGUUGCUAUUACAACACAUAGUAGAUGUAGUGAACUACUUAUAUAUGGUGGAAAUGCCAAAUUAAAGAUUUUGCUGGAGAAGACAAGUGGCGUGGUGGGAACAUGCGAGGAAAAGAGUGUUAAUUCUUGGCCUUUUUUCCAGAUAUUACAAGUUAACGUGGAAACUGAGUUUUGUAGAGACCAACUGGAUCUUGUGCAUGUUAAUGUCUAUGUGCAGUGUGAUAGAUUGGAUCUGUUGCUUUCAUAUCAAGUACUCUACUUUUGGCAUGAUGUGGUUUUUGACACUCCUAAAGCAGGGUCUUCACAACUUGCAUUUCCUAGUAUGGAUCUUGAAAUCCGGUUAAGGAAGGUUUCUCUUCUAAUAUCUGAUGGAAGGUGGAGCUGUAGUGGACAUCUGUUGGAAAUCACUAUAAGGAACUUCCUAUUACAUUCUUGUGUGACUGAAAGCAGCAUGGAGAGCUCUGUAGCAACUGAACUUCAAGUGAACUACAGUAACAUACGGAAGGUCUCAUGGGAGCCUUUUAUCGAACCUUGGAAGUUUGAGAUGAAAGUAAUCAGAAAACAUGAGAUGAUUGCUCUUCUAAAUAGCUCCAUUAUUACCGAUAUUGAUCUCACAGCGACAGCACAGCUUAAUUUGAACUUUACAGAUUCCCUUGUUGAGUGUAUUUUCAGGACGGUUGAGAUGGUCAAGGAUGCUUGGGGACUGAUGGGGCCGGAAAAUCAUCCUGAAAACCAGAUAUUCUUGAAUUCUCUAAUGAGUGAAAAUAUAUCUGAAGGAAGAUAUGCUCCCUAUGUACUUCAAAAUUUGACUUCUUUGCCCAUUGUGUACAAUGUUUACCAGGGGCCACUCAGUUCUAGUGAAUUUGAUGUCUCAGAGAUGAAGGAUGGAAAAUCUGUGCAGCCAGGAGCCUCUAUUCCAAUUUAUCUUAAUGAAACUCCUGAUGAACAACUUUUUCAUUAUAGGAAUGCAUAUUCAUCUGACAGGCUCAGUGACAAGCAAUCAGAUGCAGUGACUCAUCAUUUCAUGACCAUUCAACUUGAUGGCACUUCUGUGCCUUCUGGCCCUAUUUCAAUGGAUCUUGUAGGGAUGACUUACUUUGAGGUCGAUUUUUCUAAGGCCUCAAAAGCAAAAGAAAUUGAGAGAACUGAGGAUAUGUCAAAACACAGUCUUGACAAUAUAGGGAAUGUUAACUCCAAUACUAAUAGUGGGUUUGUUGUCCCUGUUGUGUUUGAAGUUUCGGUACAGCGCUAUAGCAAGUUAAUACGGUUGUACUCAACGGUCAUACUUUCGAAUGCAACUUCAAUACCCUUGGAACUACGGUUUGAUAUUCCAUUUGGCCUAGCCCCAAAGAUCCUGGACCCAAUAUAUCCUGGCCAGGAAUUUCCACUACCUCUACAUUUGGCUGAAGCUGGUCGCAUGAGAUGGCGCCCUCUGGGAAAGUCUUAUCUGUGGAGUGAAGCACAUACUGUGUCUACUAUUAUUUCACAGGAGAGCAAAAUUGGAUAUCCAAGAUCUUUUGUUUGUUACCCAUCUCAUCCAAGCAGUGAUCCCUUUCGUUGUUGCAUAUCGGUUCAAAACGUUAUUUUACCUUCAUCUAGUAGCUCAAAACGAUCUUCAGCUCUUCAUGUGAAUAGUACUUUGAAGCAAUCAGUUGACAGUGGUGGUCAAGUAGUGCAUGAGUUCGAUCGCUCAAAGAAUCGAUCCAUUCACCUGGUGACGUUAAGUACACCCUUUCUAGUCAACAACUACCUUCCUGAGGCAGCAUCAUUGACAAUCGAAACUGGUGGAAUCACUCGUACUGCAUUGCUUUCAGAGGUGCAAACUCCAUUUCAUGAUAUUGAUCCCUCCCAUGACCUAGGACUGGAGUUCAAUUUGCGCGGUUUCAGACCUUCAGUUUUUAAGUUUCCACGUGCGGAAACGUUCAGUACAAUGGCCAAGUUCAGUGGAACAAAGUUUUCUUUAUCUGAAACCAUGACCUUGGAUCCUGAAUUAUCCAGUGAUCCAACAUAUGUUAUCCUAGAAAAGACUAUGGAUGCAUUCUCUGGUUUUCGAGAGCUCUUCAUUUUUGUUCCAUUUCUGUUGUACAAUUGCACUGGUUUUCCACUUGUUGUUUCACACUCUGCUGUGGAAAAGAAAGGAAGUGGCAGCACUAUUCCAUGCUGUUAUAAUUUAUUUGAUCAGGAACCACUACAAGGCAAAAAGGAUGGUCUAAGCCUUAUAUCCUCAGAUCAGGAUACUGAUCCUAGAGCUCCAUUGAUGGAUAGUCAGGGGAGUUCUUUUUUGAAAAAACACAUUGUUUCAACUAGGAAAAUAAAUCCUCAUUUUGGAAAAUUUCUGAGCAAGCCCGUCAUUUCUUCUGGUUCCUCUGAACUCCUAUAUAAUCAGUCAGUCAGGCAUGAAUUAGAGGGUCAAAAAGUUUCUUUAUCUGAUGUGAAGAAUAAUUUUUGUUCUUCCAGUCAACUAAAUUUAAGGGAAUCUGACUUUACUGAUAAUGGGGAUGGAAAGGUUCAUGCAUGCAUGUAUUCUCCUCUUCCCCUUUCCUCUACGAGUGAAAUUAUGGUUCGUGUAAGUAGGAGUCUUUCUGAAUAUGUUACACAGAACAUGCCCACUAAUUCAUGGUCAACACCAUUUCAUCUUGUCCCACCAAGUGGUUCAACAAGUGUUGUUGUUCCUCAAACAUCAUCAAAUGCUGCUUUUAUAAUUUCCGUAACAGCUAGUAGUCUUGCUGGACCAUUUGCUGGAAGAACACGAGCCAUUACUUUCCAACCCAGAUAUGUGAUUAGUAAUGCAUGCAGCAAGGCCUUAUGUUACAAGCAAAAGGGAACUGAUCUUGUGUUUCAUUUGGGUGUGGGACAGCAUUCUCAUCUUCACUGGACUGAUAUGACUAGGGAGUUGCUGGUUUCCGUUCGCUUUAAUGAACCUGGAUGGCAGUGGUCUGGCAGCUUCUUACCAGAUCAUCUUGGUGAUACUCAAUUAAAAUUGUGGAAUUAUGUUUCUGGUGCACUGAAUAUGAUAAGGGUGGAAGUGCAGAAUCCUGAUGUUUCCAUUAGGGAUGAAAAGAUUAUUGGAAGCCCCGAUGGGAAUUCUGGGACAAAUUUGAUUCUCUUAUCAGAUGACGAUACUGGAUAUAUGCCCUACAGAAUUGAUAAUUUCUCGAAGGAGAGGUUACGAGUUUACCAACAAAGGUGUGAAACUUUUGAUACCAUUAUUCACCCUUACACUUCUUGCCCUUAUGCAUGGGAUGAACCAUGUUAUCCUCAUCGUCUCACUAUUGAGGUUCCUGGUGAGCGAGUUGUGGGGUCAUACAUUCUUGAUGAUCUAAAAGAUCAUAUACCUGUUCACUUACCAGCGACGGCUGAGAAGCCUGAGAGAACAUUGCUUUUAUCAAUCAGUGCUGAGGGAGCAACAAAGGUGCUCAGCAUCGUUGAUUCAAGUUACCAUAUUUUGAAAGAUGAUAAAAAUCCUACCAACCUGCACUACCAAGAAAAAAAGAAACAAGAGCAGAAGCAGGAGAAGUUUGCUAAUUAUAGUGAGAGAUUUGCAUUUAAUAUUCCAUAUAUUGGUGUCUCCUUGAUAAAUUCAUAUCCACAGGAAUUACUUUUUGCUUGUGCAAAGAACAUAACAAUUGAUCUGCUUCAGAGUCUGGAUCAACAAAAGCUCCUUUUUCAGAUAAAUUUUUUACAAGUAGAUAACCAGUUACACACAACCCCAUAUCCUGUUAUUCUGUCCUUCAAUCAUGAACAAAGAAGCAAUGUAGCUGGCCACAAAACUAAGGAUGGUGGUGCAAUAUCGAAAACUGAACGGCUAUUGCAAAUUUCUUCUGACCGUACUUUUGAACCUGUACUCUACCUAUCUGUUGCAAAGUGGAGGAAGAAAGAUAUUGCAUUGGUUUCAUUUGAACAUAUAAGUUUGAGAAUAGCUGAUUUUUGCCUUGAACUUGAGCAAGAAGUAAUAUUAAGCGUGCUUGACUUUGUUAAAACUGUCUCUCCAAGGUCUCAGAGUACAGUCUUGCCAUUUUCAGAUUCCACACUGCGCCCUGUUACAUAUGAGUUGGGUUCUGUAAAGGACUCAUCUGUACAUGGUCAAACUUUUGAGUAUGUCAAAGCAAUACAGGACCAACAUUAUCGAAUGAAUGAUCCUGUGGUUCAUAAAAGUCAGAGAAGUGUUGCAUCAGUACCUUCAAUUGUUCCAAUUGGUGCUCCUUGGCAGCAAAUCUAUCUUUUGGCUAGAAGACAGAAGAAAAUCUAUGUUGAAUUAUUUGAUUUGUCCCCUAUCAAGUUUACAUUAAGCUUUUCUAGCAGUCCAUGGACGCUUAGAAAUGGGGUUCCUACAUCGGGAGAAUCACUUAUCCAUAGAGGUCUUAUGGCUCUUGCUGAUGUAGAAGGGGCACGAAUUCAUCUCAAAGAAUUAACAAUUGCACAUCAUAUGGCUAGUUGGGAAUCCAUUCAAGAAAUCCUUAUGAGGCACUACACUCGGCAAAUCCUUCAUGAAAUGUACAAGGUAUUUGGGUCUGCUGGUGUUAUAGGUAAUCCAAUGGGAUUUGCAAGGAGUUUGGGGCUUGGCAUUAGAGAUUUCUUAUCAGUUCCUGCCAAGGGUGUGUUGCAGAGCCCAACAGGACUUAUUGCUGGCAUGGCACAAGGGACUACUAGUCUUGUGAGCAAUACAAUAUAUGCACUAAGCGAUGCUGCCACUCAAUUCAGUAAAGCUGCACACAAGGGAAUCGUUGCACUUACAUUUGAUGACCAGGCUGUUGCUAGAAUGGAAAAACAGCAAAAAGGAGUAGCUUCACACAGUAAAGGUGUGAUAAGUGAAGUCUUUGAGGGACUUACUGGUGUCCUUCAGACACCAAUUAAAGAAGCUGAGAAACAUGGUCUUCCUGGUCUCUUUUCAGGAAUUGCAUUAGGAGUGACGGGACUAGUGGCAAGACCAGCUGCCAGUAUUCUUGAGGUUACAGGGAAAACUGCUCAAAGUAUUAGAAACAGAAGUAGGCUUCACCACAUAAGAUCACAGCGGUAUCGGGUCCGGCUUCCCAGACCUCUAAGUAGAGAACUUCCGCUUCGGCCUUACUCAUGGGAAGAAGCAAUUGGAACAUCUGUACUCAUGGAGGCCGAUGAUGGCUUGAAGUUCAAGGAUGAGGUCCUUGUCAUCUGCAAAGCACUCAAGCAAGCUGGUAAAUUUGUGGUUCUCACGGAGAGACUGAUACUGAUAGUUAGCUGUUCCAGCUUGGUGGACCUUGGGAAGCCUGAAUUUCAAGGUGUGGCUAUUGAUCCAGAAUGGGUGAUAGAAUCUGAAAUCGGUUUGGACAGUGUAAUCCACACUGACACUGAUGAAGAUGUGGUACACAUCGUUGGAAGCAGUUCAGAUGGUUUAGCGAGGCAGAACCAGCACCCGUCUAAAAGUGGAAGCAGCGGAACAAGGACAAAAUGGUGGAAUAACCCUUCAACCCCCCUCCCACUUUUCCAAACCAACUUGGAAUUGAAAUCCAGGGAGGAUGCAACAGAGUUGUUACAGAUACUGUUGGCUACAAUUGAGCAAGGCAAAGGAAGAGGCUGGGGCAGUGGGUAUCUUUUGCAUCAAAGUAAUAUCAGAUAGAAAAAAGUAUAUCAGAAUAUUGUUACUGAUCAUAAAAAUAGCUUGUAGCAGCAAACCCAGCAUCCUAUUCCUGGACUGAAGGAAAAGUCGUCUUUGACCUCAGCUGUUUGCCUCAUGGGGAGAGGGUUUGAGGGUUUCACUUGUAGAAUAUAAUUGACCUGGACCAGCCGUCUCGGUCAUACCAAUUUUUUCCUUGUAAAUUGAUCCUUUGAUCCUCUAUUUUGUACAGCAUUGUUGUGUGAGUAUAUUUUUGUGCCAUCUUUGUACA